AUGGCCAUGGUUUCAUUCUCCAACAUUUCAAUACCAUUCUUCUCUCAUCACACUAACACUCACACUCACACUCAAACCAACUUCUAUAGCCAUUCCUCUUUCCCAACCUGCCAUGAAGUUUUCACAUUCUUCUCUUCCAAGCUCAACCAUUCCUCUGUGUAUAAUGCACCCAUUAUCACGCACAACAAUCUCCGUGAUCAUUCCUCGGUUUCCAAAGCUUUCUCAUCUGGAGACGGAGGCAAGUUUUCGGGAAGUGGAGGUGGUGGUGGUGGAGGUGGUGAUGACGGGGGUGGCGGUGAAGAGGAAGAAAGAGACAGGAAUAGAGAAGAGGCAAUGCUGGUUCUGGCCGAAGCUGGAAGGUCUCUGGAGAGUUUUCCUGCGGAUUUGGCAGUUGCUGUUAAGGCGGGGCGGGUUCCUGGUUCGAUUGUGCAAAGAUUUUUUGAGAUGGAGAAGUCAGUUGUGUUUAGAUGGUUGUUCAAAUUUGGAGGGUUUAAGGAAAGGUUGUUGGCUGAUGAUUUGUUCUUAUCCAAGCUUGUUAUGGAAUGUGUUGUUGUCAUUUUCACCAAGGCAGCUGCAGAAUUGGAGCGUCGUAAAGAAAAUUUCACAAAAGAGAUAGAUUUUGUUGUUGCUAAUGUGGUAACAGGCAUUGUAACAGGUUUUGUUCUUGUAUGGUUUCCUGCUCCAACUGUUUCUCUUAAACCUCCUCUAGCAAUUACUGCUGGACUUUUCACCAAAUUCUUCUACGGCUGUCCCGAAAAUGCUUUUCAGGUGGCUUUGGCGGGAACAUCAUACACACUUCUACAAAGAAUAGGUGCUAUAGUGCGAAAUGGGGCAAAGCUCUUCGUAGUUGGAACCGGCGCUUCACUGGUUGGAACAAGUAUCACAAAUGCAUUGAUCAAUGCACAGAAGACUGUAAAUAAAGAAUUUUCUGUUGAAAAUUUACCUGUUAUUUCAACCAGUGUAGCUUUUGGGAUUUUCAUGGUAGUAGUAAGCAACCUAAGGUACCAAGUACUUGCAGGAAUUAUUGAGCAACGGAUUCUAGAACCGUUGCUACGUCGAAACAAGCUUAUGCUAACUGCCGCAUAUUUUACUGUUAGAAAUGCAAAUACUUAUUGGGGCUCACUACUAUGGGUGGAUUUUGCUCGAUGGGUUGGAGUCCAGAAGAUAAAGGGUUAA